AAUGACAGACAUCGAGAAAUAAUUGAUCCUAAAAGGAUGGACGAUGAUAACGCUAUCGUCAUCGUUGGAGUUGGUUGCAAGUUCCCCGGAGCAGACGACCUAGAUGAAUUUUGGCGGGUGCUGAGUGAGGGCGAGAAUCACGUGAUAGAAAUCCCGCGAGAGAGAUGGAAUAACGAUGCCUUCUAUCAUAAAGAUCCCAGUGAACCAGGAAAAACCUACGUCACACGAGCUGGAUUCAUCAAAAGAUAUGAUGAAUGGGACAACAAGCUGUUCAAUGUCAAUGAAAUGGAGGCCGCCUGGGUAGACCCCCAGCAGCGCUAUGUGUUAGAUUGUGUCCACAUGGCAAUGGAGGAUGGUGGAAUCACAAGAAAGGAUUUGAGUGGGUCCAAUACGGGAGUGUAUAUAGGUGUGAUGAACGAUGAUUACAAAGGCAGCUCUAACAAUGAUCUCAACGACAUGAACAACUACAGUCUGACUGGGACAUCGCCGAGUAUCAUAUCCGCUAGAGUAUCCUACAUGUACAACCUACUGGGGCCCUCGAUGUCCAUCGACACCGCCUGUUCCUCGGCACUGGUAGCAAUUCAUACCGCCUCGCAGGCGUUAAAGUCUGGUACGUGUCCCGUCCCAUUGUACAUUGUACAGUAA